AAUGACGAUCGAUACUGCUGAUACCAAUGCCAUCAAUGCUUGGCUUCCGGUCACUGCUUCACGAAAUGCCAAAUGGUGGUACUCUGCCUUCCACAACCUCACCGCCAUGGUGGGUGCCGGUGUCCUCACCCUCCCUUAUGCCAUGUCUAUGAUGGGCUGGGGUCCAGGGAGUGUUAUUCUCAUCCUAUCAUGGAUCAUCACCUUGUUCACCCUAUGGCAAAUGGUUGAGAUGCACGAAAUGGUGCCUGGUGAGAGAUUAGACAGGUAUCACGAACUAGGGCAGAAAGCUUUUGGAGAGAAACUGGGUCUCUACAUCGUGGUUCCUCUGCAGCUACUUGUCGAGGUUGGCACGUGCAUUGUGUACAUGGUCACGGGAGGGAACUCACUGAAGAAGUUUCAUGAAACUGUUUGCCCCUCAUGCCAAGAAAUCAGAAGCUCCUAUUGGAUCAUGGUCUUUGCUUCUGUGAACUUCGUUCUCUCUCUCUGUCCAAACUUCAACUCUAUUUCUGCAGUGUCUUUGGCCGCAGCAGUCAUGUCUCUCGCUUACUCAACCAUUGCUUGGGUGGCUUCCCUUAAGAAGGGCACCGUGCCGAAUGUGGACUAUGGGUACAAAGCACACAGCACUGCGGAUGGCGUGUUCAACUUCAUGACUGCUAUGGGAGACGUAGCAUUCGCUUAUGCAGGUCACAAUGUGGUUUUGGAAAUCCAAGCAACAAUACCUUCUACACCUGAGAAACCUUCCAAGAUAGCUAUGUGGAAAGGAGUCAUAGUUGCAUACUUGGGAGUUGGCUUCUGCUACUUUCCUGUCGCCUUCAUUGGAUACUAUAUCUUUGGAAACUCUGUCGAUGAUAAUAUCCUCAUCACACUAGAGAAACCUUCUUGGCUUAUUGCAGCAGCUAACAUGUUUGUUAUUGUCCAUGUUAUUGGAGGCUACCAGGUAUUCUCAAUGCCCGUGUUUGAUAUGAUGGAAACCUUUUUGGUGAAGCGAAUGAAAUUCCGUCCUCGUUUUACACUCCGCUUUGUUGCGCGCACUGUCUUUGUGUUAUUGACAAUGUUAAUUGGUAUAUGCAUCCCCUUCUUUGGUUCUCUUCUUGGAUUUUUAGGAGGGUUUGCCUUUGCCCCAACAACUUACUUUCUACCGUGUAUCAUAUGGCUUAAACUCUACAAACCAAAGAGAUUUUCCUUAUCUUGGAUAGUGAAUUGGACAUGCAUCGUGCUUGGGGUUCUGUUGGUGAUACUAGCUCCAAUUGGUUCAUUAAGAAAAAUCAUUAUUUCAGCUGAGCACUACAAGUUCUUUUCAUGAUUUGCUUAGAACAUCAUUUAUUAGACAAUAGUUAGAAUGAAAAAUCAUUAUUUCAGCGUAGCACUACGAGUUCUUUUCAUGAAUCGUUUAGAACAAUCUAUGUAGUAGGCAAC